CUGGCGUCGACGCCACCCAGUAACAAAAAAUGUCGGUCCUCACUAUCGUGCCUCGUGCCCCUUGUUCUACCUGGCACUCACACGGAGAACGUUCUAGUUAUCAAAGGGUCUGCUCAGCAAGCAGGAAGCAAGAUGAUAGCCAUGUCUUAGUAAUUAGGUACUCAACCAUCGAUCAACGUCGCACUCGCAAGCCAUGUCUUAGAAGUAAGUAGGUACUACUCAUAUCCAUCGAUCAACGUCGCUGCACUCGCAUGUUGUAUAUGAUAGUACAACUGGUAGCAGUGUCACAGUGAAAAGUAUACAAUUACAACUAGAAGAUGUGGUCAAGAACAAGAUGAAUACUUCUCCAAACAACUACAACACUUCUGGGCCAACAAGAUGAAUACUUCUCCAAACAACUACAACAUGCGAGGAUCAUCUGGCGAACAACAGGCGGCGGACCAGAGUCGUGCAACAUCAAGCGUUGCCGAGCGCUUGGGAAAUUUGUAUCUUCAUGAUCGUGCAGGAGAAGCAGAUUAUGAUGGACGAGGAGAGAGAAGCAGUCACAGAGCAGGUCCAGAUUUUUCAACAUCGUCGGGGAGCGCACGACAGAGCAAUGCGGACGACGACGACGGCGACAACAAUAGUAUUGCCAUCUUAGAACAAGUUUCUGAGACGAUUUACAUGUCCUAUCGGAAAGCUCGUAAGGGUUUCAAAAAAUGGGAAAGAAGUAUGCCAAAUUAUGGGCCGCAGGCAGAACAAGUUUUGGAGUCCACGGGUAUGUUGGCCAGGAAAGCUUGGAAUGAGUGGUUUUCGUAUGGAGGAGUUGGUGGUGAGGAAACUAGAGUGGGUUCGUCUUUUACGAGACGAAUCAAAUUGACGCGAAAUGAGGAACAUGGAGAUCCUGAUCAAGCGGCAGAAAUCUCUGCGACCACUUCUGAUGAGGAAUGUGCGGUAGAGGACGGGGACGCGGGCGGUAGGGAAGAUAAGCUGAAUCAGAAACAGAACCACGACAUGUUGAUAUUAGCCGGGUCCAACACCUCUUCCUGCUCUCCCGCCAAAGUAGCUACUUCUCCUGCUUCCAAGAAGAAAACUCCUGUAAAUACUACAACGAGGUACUACAAUAAUGCGGAACCCAGCAACAUCCCCAGCUCUCCAUUCUUUUCGAGUAAAGGACACACACUGAAAGAAGCGAUGUCGCCAGUCCAACUCCAAUACGAACAUGACAUUGAUCGCGCUGGCUUCUUCGAUCCCCUGCCCAUGAAGAUGGAAAAUUUCAGAGGAUUCGAAGUUCCUGUGGUCGUUGCUAGCGGGUCUAGCAACAUCGAAGUAGUUCCAGGGUCGCCUACUGCGUUCCCUUUUAGUAGAAAUGAAGGUCGUGGAGCUGCUGUUGCGAGUGCGUUGACGUCAGAAGUGAAGAUUGAGGGAACAACUCUUCAACACGAUCCGCGAAGAAAUGAUCCUCCUGCUCAUCAAGUGGAAGACGAAAAGAUUCAAGAAGAUGAAAACGCCAGCAGUGCCUUCUCGCGAAGCAGCAAAGGAAGCAGUUCGCUGGAGGACGACACGUCACUAUCCCCUCCUCCGGGAGAGGAGCAAGCGGACCGACUUCAACAAAAAGUAAGUAGUCCUCGGUUUCAGCAAGAAGUGCGUCCCAGUAUCUUCACUCCGAGAAGCCUCCUAGGACAGCAUAGUCCUCUUCCGACUCAUAGGAGCCUUCAUGGGCAGCUUCCUGAAGAUAAGGCUACUCCUAGAAGCUACCAAGCUAAGUUUACACCCAGAAGUUAUCAGGCUAGUCCUCGACUCAUAGCGAACUCUGUUUUCCUAGAAGAUGAAAGAGGCGAGACCAAACGAACUGAAUAUUUUCAAAUCGGGUCAUCAGAAUCAGGUCAGGGUGAUGAUACAGGAAGUUGAUUGAUUUCUUGAUGAAAGGAUUUGGUACAACUUCCAAAAGUGAUUUAAUAUAAACUUAUUGGUGGAUGGCUGCGAUAAUGAGAACCCUCAGCAUUCGCGAAAGAAU